UGUUUUCUGACUUUGCCACUUUAUGGUCACAUCUGCUUCGUCAUGUGAAGCUGAAGCACUUUGGAUAACAUGAUGCAGCAAUCAAACUUCCCCUUUGACUCAGCAGCUGCAGCGUUGUGGCAGCAUAUAAGAGGCAGGAGAGAAGUGAGAGGCCACACCACACAGAAGUGACAACUAAAGGCUGCGUAAAGGACUGACGACCACAGCUCACCAAAUAUGGCGACCAUGAAGAGUGCAAGGAAAAAUGAUACAGGGGAGGCUGGCAGUGACUUAUCCGAGCAGAUCAAAGCCGCCACCAAGGACAACCAUGUCAGAGCUGAAAACACAAAACUGAUGCUCAGUUACCAGAAGGGACAGAUCACCCUGCCACAGUACAAAGUGCUGCUCUGCUCCCUGUACGAGAUCUACAAAGCCCUAGAAGAAGAGCUGGACAGGAAUUCUUCUCAUCCGGCUGUUGCACCAAUAUACUUCUCGCAGGAACUCGCCCGUCUGGAAUCACUGGAAAGAGAUCUGGAGCACUUUUUUGGGUCGGACUGGAAAAAGAAAGUGAUUGUCCCUGCAGCCACUCACAGAUACGAGCAGAGGCUACGAAAGAUUGGAAAAGAGAAGCCAGAGCUGCUUGUGGCUCACGCCUACACUCGCUACCUUGGUGAUCUAUCAGGUGGGCAGGUGCUGGGAAAAAUCACCCAGAAAUCUUUAGGGCUCAGCAGCAAAGAUGGGCUGUCAUUCUUCUCCUUCCCUGGCGUGACCAGCCCCAACCGCUUCAAGCAGCUGUACAGGAGCCGGAUGAACAGCAUCGAGCUGACGGAGGAGGAGAAGGCGGCGGUGCUGGAGGAGGCCGUGUCGGCCUUCGAAUUCAACAUCGAGGUUUUUGAUGACUUGGAGAAAAUGCUGAGCAUAACAACAGAAACAGCAGACCAGUCAAGGCCUGGAUUUCCAACUGCGACGCUCCCAGCGUCACCAGUCGUGCAGUUCGCCGUGGGACUGUGCCUCACACUGGCCACUAUCGGGGCAGGAAUCUACGCCAUGUAGACCUCAGCUGAAUUCAUACGGAAUAAGCACACACAGCACUUUAUAGAAAUGAAAUCAAAGCUUAAAUUGGCAUAUUUUUUAUCACAGCUUGUCAUUUGUGCAAACUUACAACUGCUUCUGUAAAUCCUCAUCAGUUUUGAUUAAUAAAGCAAACUGAUCAGAA